CCCGCCCCCGACAGCCCCGGCGGCGCGGCCGCGGCGCGAUGGGAGGAGGCGGCGGCGGCACCGGGCUCUGCUGCGCGCGACACCGCGUGCUCCCGCGGGCGCGGAGGUUGCGAAGAUGGCACAGUCCCCUCUUGUGUUGCUGCUGCUGGCAGACUAGAGUUUGAGAGCGCGUGAGAUCGGUUGCUGCUGCACUCACUAUUCAAUGUUUCAAACUGAUCCAAGGAAGUAACACUCUCCUCUUUGGAGAGGCCAUAAAAUGCAUGUUAUGAAUUGUCUCUCCUUGGUCAAUGAUAAAGAAAAUGGGGCUAUUCCAGUUGCAAUGGGAUUAAUGAACGAGGAUACGACAACAGCACCUCAGCUUUCUCAGCCUGCAGCACCGCUGCCCCCUUCACCAUGUCCCCUCGCAGGGGCACCCCCAGCCCCUCCACUCCCCCCGGGGAUGCCGCCACCACCACCACCACCACCUCCACUGCCUGGGCCAAACGUACCUCUGCCUCCACAGCUGAUGAACGGGCAUGACAGCCAUGGCAAAAAGAAACGAAUGCGGAGCUUUUUCUGGAAAACCAUCCCUGAGGAGCAAGUCCGUGGCAAAACCAAUAUCUGGACGAUUGCUGCAAGACCGCAGUAUCAGAUCGACACAAAGACAAUUGAGGAGCUUUUUGGGCAGCAGGAAGAAAUCAAGCCCCAGGACCUACGAAGUCGGUCUUUAAAGUCUUCAUUUAAAGAGACUAAAGAGGAGGUUUCCAUUUUGGAUGCAAAAAGAAGUAUGAACAUUGGGAUAUUUCUCAAACAGUUCAAAAAGUCUGCUGAAUCCAUCAUUGAAGAUAUUUAUCAUGGAAGAAGUGAGCCCUAUAGUUCUGAACUGCUGCAUGAAUUUCUUAAAUUGUUACCAGAAGCAGAGGAGGUAAAGAAAUUAAAAGCCUUUGAUGGAGAUGUGUCAAAACUGUCUCAAGCUGAUUCCUUCAUGUAUUUACUAAUCCAGGUGCCAAACUAUGCUCUUAGGAUUGAAGCCAUGGUGCUAGAGAGGGAGUUCUCACCCUCCUGUGCUUCCCUACAGGAUGACAUGAAAAUUAUAAGACGGGCAACAAAAGAGUUAAUGACUUGUGAGGAACUGCAUUCCAUAUUGCACUUGGUCCUUCAGGCUGGGAAUAUUAUGAACGCGGGAGGUUAUGCUGGCAAUGCUGUUGGGUUUAAACUGUCGUCACUGCUCAAGCUGGCAGACACAAAAGCAAACAAACCUGGGAUGAGUCUGCUGCAUUUUGUUGCUCUGGAAGCCCAGAAGAAAGAUGCUGCUCUUCUCAACUUCUCAGAAAAAAUUAGGGAUGUUCAUGAUGCUGCCAGGUUAUCCAUUGAUAAUAUAGAAGCAGAGCUCCACUCGCUGUCUUUCAAGGCAAGAUCUGUUAAAGAGAGCAUUCAGCGAGACCCAAAACUCUUUCACCAGAUGGAAAGCUUUCUCCAGUUUGCUGUAAGACAUCUAAAGGAGCUUGAACACCAGAAACAAGAAUUACAAAAGGAGGGAAAUGCUCUUAUUGACUUUUUCUGUGAAGACAAAGAAACUAUGAAGUUGGAUGAAUGUUUCCAGAUAUUCAGGGACUUCUGCAUAAGAUUCAACAAGGCUGUUAAGGAGAACAGGGAACGAGAGAUCCAGGAACUUCAUAAUCUGCAAAGGCGAAAGGAGCUGGAGGAGAAGCGUCGAUCCUGGGCAGCUGGAGAGCUUGGGAGCUUUGGGCGGAGCAGCAGUGAAAAUGAUGUGGAGAUGUUGGCCAAAAAAGGACUUGAAGAAUUUCUUCCCUUCUUGCAGCAGAGACCACAAAGCCCUUCGUACAGAAACCCCAAUUCUAGACGCUCUCGACUUUCUUUGGGAAUUACUGCAGACAGGGAGUUGCAGAGUUUCCUGGAAAUCUCAAAAGAUGAGGAUCCAAACAAGUUUAACAGCCUUCCCCGUGCAAAUACCCGACAAGCAAGACCAAAUGUAGCCUGGACUGAAUCCAAAGAAACGAGAGAUCUCAACUUAAAUACAUUGCACUUAGACCAACAGUCUGAAAUCAAAGUGAAAAGUGGUGGCCUACUGCAGGUGCCUCCAGCUCAGCCCAGCCACUUCAGUGGCUCAACUGGUCCUGGUGCCCGUUACUCACAAAGAAGCACCGACUACAAUGUGCACACUGCCAAUGUGUCCUGUGAGGAGUCCACAGAUAUCAAUGCUCUGGCCCUUGCAAUUGAGGAGCGUGAACUUGUUAAAGGAUUACAUAAGUUUGAUAUUCAAGGAACAAAGCCUGCAGAGGAAACACCUUUAAUCUAUUUGGAGGAUGCUGGUGGAACAGACCUGGAGACUCUAGAUGAUCUAAGCUUUCAUUCCCUUAGCACUGCCGAUGAUGACCUGCCUCCAGCUUGCAGAAGUUCCAGGGAGGCCCAUGACCAUAAAGCCAAAGCAGUAGGUUGCAAGAGUGAAGCUUCAGAGCCCAGCAGUAGCAGCCCCAUAUCUAUGGAUACAAGCGUUUCGGGAAGUAGGGAAGACGGGCCAAUGUUCUACGUGUCAGACACAACGACUGAUUGUUCUUUGACAUUGGACUCUGAAGAGGGAAAUGAUUUUAAAUCUGCAGGCAAUGAGAUAAGAAGUGGGGCUGGCAAAGCACGCUCUUCUGGGAAUAAUGCUCAAUACAGGGCUAGAACAUUCUUCUCAAACCUGAAUUCUGCUUCUGCCAAGGAUCUUCACACUUCGGCAAAUGAUAAGGAUGAUGCCAAUAGCAAGCACGCCCUUCCUAAAGAAAAGCCCAUGAAAAAUAAAGACUCAGCAGGACCAAAGAGAAACUCUGUGAAAGAUAGAUCUCCAAGCUCUUCAAAAUCCAGUGGCACUCGCUCUAGCCACACAGCUACUUCCAGACCUGUAAGAACUUUAAAUGCCUCUGAGAAUGAAAGUAUGAGGAAAGUCGUGCCCAUUUCUCGGUCAAACAGAGCACCAAGCAGCAUGAAAAAGCCAGAAGCCAAGCCAGCACCUCGUGAAACUAGUACAGCGGAAAGCCGGCUCUCUUAUCGCAGCUCUGUCCGAGGCACAACAGACACACUGCCAAGAAAUCCUUACAGGCACAGCAUGUCGGUAGAAGAGCCAAAGUUACAAAGAGGCACUUUCACCUCGAGCAGUGCCCAUUUUGAGAGGGACAGAGUCUCUCUUAAGAAGCCAAGCUCUAAACCUGUUAGGAGUAAUGUCAAAUCAAAGACAGAUGAAAUGAAGAUGUGUCGCUCCAGUGUAAAACCCCAGACCCCUACAGAUGACACCAAGGCUGCCACAGUCAGUGUUCCCAAAACACCAUCUGCUGUCCCAAACUUUGCGAGGAAUACAGUGGCUUCUUCUUCAAAGCGUGCGAAAGUGGAUCUAUCCACCUCAUCCAGACCUCCAACCAUCACAAGGUCUGUGUCCCAGAGGCUGCCUAAAGCAAAGCCAGCAGCGACCUCUGAUGAUCCAAGUCCAAAGGAGAACAAUGUGAGUACCUUAAAGAGAGCAAGUAGUGCCAGAGUGGUUGGAAGAAGCAUCCUGCAGGGAGAAGCUGUCAGCACUAAAGUAGAGCCUGCACCAAAGGAGCAAGGAGCAGGGGAGAAGGCCUCUCUUAAACUGAAAGAUGCAAACCGGACUGCCAUUGGUAAGAUACUGAAGCCAUUACUGAAAUAAGGGAGAGGGUUUUUCUCAGUCUUGGAAUGUGAACACUUGUUCAAGCACUGGAUGUCUGUAUGGUCAAAUUCCUUGAAACAGUAACAUUGUUGAUAAGCAUCAUCAUGUGCUCAUUGAAAUACAGCACACCUUUGGAAGAAGGCAAGUAGUUGUGUUCUGGUCUAAAUCCUAUUUUAUGAAUUUGAAUGUAUUUGAAGCUACUGUGAUGGAAUGCGAGCAAUUCCUCCUUUCUGCUGGACAGGAGGCUUAUUCUCCAAGAUUGUGGCAGCAUUGUCUUGCAUGCACAAGUACCAGCAAAUCUGUGCAUAUUUGUCAUACAGAAGGUCACCAAAAGCCAAAAUGUUAAGAAGUUAAACUACAAGAUGAAAUGCUUUGUGACAGAAAACAUGGAUAAAGGCCAGUUUUUGUGUACAUAAGAUUAUUCCUAAGACUCAAGCCUUUGUGCGGGUUGGUUCCUUAUUUGAUGUCAAAGUGAAUCCUGUGGAACAGUACUGAAAACAGACAUAGGUGAUCGUGCUUUCCUUUGCUUUCAGUUCCUUGGAUUCAGGAACUCUUUUUGCCUGUUGCAAAGUCCAUUGCUGGCAAUUGGACAGACUGAGAACUGCUGGCCAAAAAAUAGUAAAAUGAGACAUUUGCUGUUUGUGGCUGUCUUUAACCUCACUGAAGAAUUUAUAGCAUGUUUUAUGAAUGUAUGUGUGUCUCGAGAAGGCUUUCUGCUGGACAGGAGGCUUAUUCUCCAAGAAUGUGGCAGCAUUGUCUUGCAUGCACAAGUAGAUAUGGCUGGUGCUGCAUCGAGUAGCACGGCUGGAGUCUGUGCCUGUUGAAGGGCCAUCAGUAACCAUUGGGAUGAUGACUACUCCUGACCUGUUUUGGUCGCAAGCAAACUUGCCAGCUUUUGGUCAAACGGAAGUGCCAUAUAUUUAUGAUACAUAUCAAGGAUGUUUGCAGUUCAGCUCUGGAAGGCUGCGAUGUAGUGCUGAGCACUUUCUUACCAUUCCAUGUUUCCACUGGUUUAUCUACUACCAAAUUACUUGAAUGUUGCAAUGGCUCUGAUUGAGCCAUGAGUUUCCCUGCCUCCUCCUCCUCCUCUCCCUCUCCCUGUCAACACGAAUAUUUAGCAUGAAACACAGAGCUUAUGCAUGACUUUGUUUUUGUAGACUUCCUUGGUUGCUUUGAAUGUGGUUUUUAAUGUUUUAAAGACUCUAAAGGAUGAAUUAAGCUAGCAUUUGAUAAGCUUUUUACAAAAUGAAAGCACCUCUUUUUUCCUGCAGAUACAAAUUUUAACUCCACUCAGACUAAGGUACAGAGAAUGAGGGAAAACUUGUUCAGCAUGCCGUGCAUCUUCCCAAGAGAAAUGUAUGUAGGCGGGGAAACAGAUCACUGUUCUCCCAGGCAUCCUACUUAAAGAGUUGCUUUUUUAUUCACUUAUGAAUGAAGCCUCAUUUAAGAAUAAAAUGGAAAAUAAAAGGAAAAUCUCUUUGGACAAGAGACAUUGACUUACUAGCGGUAGAUCUGUUUGUCUGCUCUAUCCCUCAGUGCCAGGAGAGUGUAAUUCAGUGAGAAUGAGCCAUUUAAUUGCUCACAUUUCUCAUGGACUAGUAUCAGGCCCAGUUAACUUUGUGUUUUGAACUUGGUAAGGGGCCUUCAGCUUUUCCCACGUACCAGCAAAUCUGGAUGCAGACAUCAUACCCAAACCCUGUGAAGUAUUGCACAGGGCCUCUUCUUUGAGUCUGUCCUGCAGGGAGAAUUUCCAUAGCCCGCUUUUCAGCAAGGGCGAAUGUUUGCUUGAAACCCUGUAAGCUUUUUGGAUACUGCCUCCCUUGUGGGUUAGAUACAAAAGCAUCUCCCUUAUUUGUAUCUGUGUGUAUGUAUGCACAUCUGCAAGAGCAGAUGAUUGACUUUUUUCCCUUUUUUUUUUAAGAAAAAAAAACAACAAAAAGAAUUAUUGGUAGCAAGCUUGAAGAAUAAUUUAAAUGUGCUUGGAACAUGUAAAUAAAUUUCUAUAAAUCUGUGUAAAAGAAAACUGAAUGUAUUUAAUGGAGCAUUUAUACAUUUCGGAGUAACUCAGUAGUUUAAUAAAGUUCCCAUUUACUGGGUA